AUGGACAUAAUGGUGGAUGCGAGCAGGCCCUGCAACCAGCUGCAGCAGCAGCAGCAGCAGCAAAUGGUGCCGCCCUCGUCUCAGCUUUCGCAGCAGAUGGGCGUGCCGCACCUGUGCAACCACCUGUGCUGUGUGGAGCACCUGAUCGGCAACGCAUUCAGGUGCAAGUCAAGCGGACAGGUGCACAUCUGCGACGGCAACUGCUCCCAGCAGAUCUUCAAUGACCGCUACACCACUGUCUGCCGCGUCAGCCGGCGUGUCUUUGCAAACGCCCAUGUCGACCCGACGCCCUGCAGGAAGCGCUCGUGCUCGCGCAGCGAGGAGUCGCCCGCAGACAGCGCCUGCAAGCGCGGGCCCGGCGUGGCCGGCGCGCUGCUCGGGGCAACGGCCUUCUUCGCAGCGGGGCCGACCGACAUGGUCAUGUGA